AUGGACGGUCUGCAACACUACCAGCCAGCGGCGGAGAAGCCUGCCGGGUACGUUGACGCCCAGGGCCAUCAAUACCCUCAGCAGUAUCAUGACCCCAACUACGCCGCAGCACAGCAUGCGCAGUAUCACAACGGUUAUACCGACUCUGCGGCUCCGGCUCCUGCAGCAGCUGCAACUGGAACCAAAAAGGGCCUUUUGAUAGGGCUGCUCAUCGCCGUAGCCGUCUUGACUGCAGCAGUCAUCGGUCUCGCGGCCGGCCUUGGCGUUAGCCAAAACAACCUCCACUCCACACAAUCUGACUUGUCGGCGUUAAUGGCCUCGGUCUCUCCAUCCGCAACAACUUCUUCAUCGUCGACUACAACCGCCACCAAGACAUCCACCUCGGCAACAGCCAGUGCCACGACGGACGCUUUCUCGUCUUGCCCGGGUGCCAACAACACCGUGUACACGUCCAGCACUGACAGCAAGGAGUUCACAGUCCACUGUGGCAUCGACUAUAGUGGCGAUGGUGGUGCUGACGAUCUCACCUCGCAAAAGUCAUCAACCAUGACAGCCUGUAUGGAUGCUUGCGCCAAGAACGACGAGUGCGAGGGCGCUGGAUGGGGAUGGAUUGACGGCACGGGAGCGAUGUGCUACUUGAAGACGAACCUGACUGCCUCGCACAAUGCAACCACGGACUGGGAAUUUGCUGUUCUGAACACGUCCUCAUGA